CUGACGGGUUAACGCUCCUCCGGGUGGAGGUGGGAGCGGGGUGUGUGGGAGUGGCGGUCCCAGACAGCUCCUCGGAGGGCAGCCCGCGAGCCGGUCCUCCCCUCCCCCACGGGGCCUACGCAGUGCGGGCCCCGCCCCCGACGCGGUGCGUGCGUAGAAGCCCCGCCCUUGAGGCCCAGCCCCACCCCCCACACCCACGGCAGCCGCCGCCGCCACCUCUCCCUUCCUCUCAGCUCUUUCCUCCUCCUGUUUUCUCUUCCCUCCUCCCCCUCGCCUCCUUUUCUCCUCCUCCUCCGGCGCUGACGCUCGCGUAGGGCCUUGGCGUCAGACGCGCGGGGGCGGGGCGAGUGCGGCGGGGGGUAUAAGUAGAGGGUGCAGGAGGCGGUGCUUCCCCUUCUCCCCGGCGGUUAGUGCUGAGAGUGCGGAGUGUGUGCUCCGGCCUCGGAACACACAUUUAUUAUUAAAAAAAUCCAAAAAAAAUCUAAAAAAAUCUUUUAAAAAACCCAAAAAAAAUUUACAAAAAAUCCGCGUCUCCCCCGCCGGAGACUUUUAUUUUUUUUCUUCGUCUUUUAUAAAAUAACCCGGUGAAGCAGCCGAGACCGACCCGCCCGCUCGCGGCCCCGCAGCAGCUCCAAGAAGGAACCAAGAGACCGAGGCCUUCCUGCGGCCCGGACCGACACCGCCACCCUUGCUCCCGGCCGGCAGCCAGCGGCGGCGGACCGACCCUGUUCUGCGGCCGUUGAGUAGUUUUCGAUUCCGGUUGAUUUUUGUCCCUCUGCGCUUGCCCCCCGCUCCCCUCCCCCCGGCUCCGGCCCCCGGCCCCAGCACUCGCUCUCCUCCUCUCACGGAAAGGUCGCGGCCUGUGGCCCUGCGGGCAGCCGUGCCGAAAUGAACCCCAGCGCCCCCAGCUACCCCAUGGCCUCGCUCUACGUGGGGGACCUACACCCCGACGUGACCGAGGCGAUGCUCUACGAGAAGUUCAGCCCGGCCGGGCCCAUCCUCUCCAUCCGGGUCUGCAGGGACAUGAUCACCCGCCGCUCCUUGGGCUACGCGUAUGUGAACUUCCAGCAGCCGGCAGACGCGGAGCGUGCUUUGGACACCAUGAAUUUUGAUGUUAUUAAGGGCAAGCCAGUUCGCAUCAUGUGGUCUCAGCGUGAUCCAUCACUUCGCAAAAGUGGAGUAGGCAACAUAUUCAUUAAAAAUUUGGACAAAUCCAUCGAUAAUAAAGCACUGUAUGAUACAUUUUCUGCUUUUGGUAACAUCCUUUCAUGUAAGGUGGUUUGUGAUGAAAAUGGUUCCAAGGGCUAUGGAUUUGUACACUUUGAGACACAGGAAGCAGCUGAAAGAGCUAUUGAAAAAAUGAAUGGGAUGCUUCUAAAUGAUCGAAAAGUAUUUGUUGGACGAUUUAAGUCUCGUAAAGAAAGAGAAGCAGAACUCGGAGCUAGGGCAAAAGAGUUCACCAAUGUUUACAUCAAGAAUUUUGGAGAAGACAUGGAUGAUGAGCGCCUUAAGGAUCUCUUUGGCAAGUUUGGACCUGCCUUAAGUGUGAAAGUAAUGACUGAUGAAAGUGGAAAAUCCAAAGGAUUUGGAUUUGUAAGCUUCGAAAGGCAUGAAGAUGCACAGAAAGCUGUGGAUGAAAUGAAUGGAAAAGAGCUCAAUGGAAAACAAAUAUAUGUUGGUCGAGCUCAGAAAAAAGUGGAACGGCAGACAGAACUUAAGCGCAAAUUUGAACAGAUGAAGCAAGAUAGGAUCACCAGAUACCAGGGUGUUAACCUUUAUGUGAAAAAUCUUGAUGAUGGCAUUGAUGAUGAACGUCUCCGGAAAGAGUUUUCUCCAUUUGGUACAAUCACUAGUGCAAAGGUUAUGAUGGAGGGUGGUCGCAGCAAAGGGUUUGGUUUUGUAUGUUUCUCCUCCCCAGAAGAAGCCACUAAAGCAGUUACAGAAAUGAAUGGUAGAAUUGUGGCCACCAAGCCAUUAUAUGUAGCUUUAGCACAGCGCAAAGAAGAGCGCCAGGCUCACCUCACUAACCAGUAUAUGCAGAGAAUGGCAAGUGUACGAGCUGUGCCCAAUCCUGUAAUCAACCCCUACCAGCCAGCACCUCCUUCAGGUUACUUCAUGGCAGCUAUCCCACAGACUCAGAACCGUGCUGCAUACUAUCCUCCUAGCCAAAUUGCUCAACUAAGACCAAGUCCUCGCUGGACUGCUCAGGGUGCCAGACCUCAUCCAUUCCAAAAUAUGCCCGGUGCUAUCCGCCCAGCCGCUCCCAGACCACCAUUUAGUACUAUGAGACCAGCUUCUUCACAGGUUCCACGAGUCAUGUCAACACAGCGUGUUGCUAACACAUCAACACAGACAAUGGGUCCACGUCCUGCAGCUGCUGCUGCUGCAGCUACUCCUGCUGUUCGCACCGUUCCACAGUACAAAUACGCUGCCGGAGUCCGCAAUCCUCAGCAACAUCUUAAUGCACAGCCACAAGUUACCAUGCAACAGCCUGCUGUUCAUGUACAAGGUCAGGAACCUUUGACUGCUUCCAUGUUGGCAUCUGCCCCCCCUCAAGAGCAAAAGCAAAUGUUGGGUGAGCGGCUAUUUCCUCUUAUUCAAGCCAUGCACCCUACUCUUGCUGGUAAAAUCACUGGCAUGUUGUUGGAGAUUGAUAACUCAGAACUUCUUCAUAUGCUUGAAUCUCCAGAGUCUCUCCGUUCUAAGGUUGAUGAAGCAGUAGCUGUACUACAAGCCCACCAAGCUAAAGAGGCUGCCCAGAAAGCAGUUAACAGUGCCACUGGUGUUCCAACUGUUUAAAAUUGAUCAGGGACCACGAAAAGAAACUUGUGCUUCACCGAAGAAAAAUAUCUAAACAUCGAAAAACUUAAAUAUUAUGGAAAAAAAACAUUGCAAAAUAUAAAAUAAAUAAAAAAAGGAAAGGAAACUUUGAACCUUAUGUACCGAGCAAAUGCCAGGUCUAGCAGAUAAAAUGCUAGUCCUAGAUUACUUAUUGAUUUAAAAACAACAAAAAAAAAAACACAAAAAAAAUAGUAAAAUAUAAAAACAAAUUAAUGUUUUAUAGACCCUGGGAAAAAGAAUUUUCAGCAAAGUACAAAAAUUUAAAGCAUUCCUUUCUUUAAUUUUGUAAUUCUUUACUGUGGAAUAGCUCAGAAUGUCAGUUCUGUUUUAAGUAACAGAAUUGAUAACUGAGCAAGGAAACGUAAUUUGGAUUAUAAAAUUCUUGCUUUAAUAAAAAUUCCUUAAACAGUG